GCAGUGAUGACAGAGGAUGCAACACCAAUCCAUUUCUGUAUGGAAGGAAUGCGAGGCAUCAAGAAGAAGGGUAAUUCUGUACCACACGAUGUCGGAGACCCAGAGGAUGAACCUUGGGCCAGUCUGAAUGCUUACAUCAUCCACCCCACAUGUGAAUGGAAAGACCUCAACCUCAAGUUUGUCCUCCAGACUUACCGGGACUUCAGUGAGACUAAGGAUAAGGAUUACUUACAGAGCAUGUACCCUGUGGCAAAGGUAGAUUAGCAUGACAUUGUUGUUCUGGAGUGUUUUAGAAUGAAAAAAAUGAACUUUGUUUUAAUCUUAGUUAAUACUAUGAUGACCUUUUACUCUUGUUAAUGUAGCAAUUUUAGGGUACCUGGCACAGAAAAUGAUGACAAGCGUUCAUUCUUUUGCAUUAUAAGACUUAUUCUUAAGAACCAUAAGUCCUAGGGUCAUAAUGAUUUGCAGUUAGUUUGUGGGG